AGGCUGCCAACCACAACCAGACGUUUCAAACAUCCAUCGUUCGCCAUCAUCGGGGAGGCGGCAUCAAGCAGCCCCAACUCGCGCAGCUCCUCCCCAACAGGGCGUGUCAGCCCGUUUAGGGGGCGGGGCUUCAAUGCGGCCGGCUCGAGGCACGUCAGCCCCAGCGCCUCCCCGAUUCCGCCCGAAGACCCCCGAACGAGAAGCCCCAGCCCCACCAAAACUGCCUCAUCGAAAAUUCCGAAACCCCGAAAAUCCUCCACCGCUGCGGUGUUCGGGGAGAAGGUGAACCACGUGGAGUUCCAAGGGCUGAGCCGGCAGGGGAGUCAGAGUCUGAGCAGUUUGGAGGAGAGGCAGACGCGUGGGAAGCCGCCUCCCAGCCCCCGGAAGAAGUUGACGGGGGCAUUCAAGCAGCUGUCGCCUAUUCAGGGCUCCAGCCCGGAGCCCAGUCAGUCCCAGUCUUCCCCCUCUCGCAUUCCGACGAAGAGCCAAAGCACGCCGCCCAGCCGGUAUGCGUCUCCUACUAGGGAGCCGAAGGCGAAGAGGAGCCGGUCCAGGCCCAGUGUGGCCAAGAGCCGAGACCCGAGCCCCUUGGCGUCUCCUACGAAGGCGAACCGCUACCAGCAUGUGCAGUCGAAGAUCAACACCUUCAACAGGCCCAGGCCGCCUGCCAAGCCGCAGCUGUCCAGCGAUGUGUCCGAAGAUAGCGGCUCGCCGAAGAAGAAAGUGCAACCGCGUAGAAACUCCUUCAAUCGGACACCCUCCCGGCCAAAUUUGCUUCCGAAAACCUACAUGGGGAAGCCCAGCAGUUAUACCAGUGAUAGUAGUGAUGCUGUGGACGUUAGAACCCCACCUGUGAAGCCUCCAGCUGCUAAACCUCCAGCAGCAGCAGCAGCAAACAAAGUACUUCCAGCCCCCAAUGCUUCCAGUUCUCCUAGCAAGAGCAAAGCGCCUCCUAGGGCCAAAGGCCCCAAGGGGGCUGACCGCCCGGCUAAAACAGGCAACAAUCGUAGGCCUUCGAAGGCUUCGCCUGCUGAAACAUCCGGCGCUGAGGACCAAAGCAGCAGAAAAGCGCCUCCUUCGGCCGACCUGGAGGAUGGUGGCGCCCCAUCGGCCCUGGGCGUGGUUUCGAGCACCACCAGCACGGUGGCCACGCCCCUGAAGAUAGAGACGCCCAAAUUGGGGCGGGGCAAGCCGAUGUCCCCGAUGAUCGAUGGGCGGGUGCUGAGCGCGACCAGCGUGAGCCACGCGAUCAACAAAAUGAACGACACCGUGCUCAACACGCAGACGUUGAUCAAAGAUAGUGGCCUGCCAACCCGGUUGCCUGCCGCCAGUGCGAUUAUUGCCUUAAAAAGUGAUUCCAGUGCAAAAGAGGUGGAGGACAGCGGAAAAAGCAGCAUCAACAGCAAGCCAGAGGCGACCACGAUUGCCCCUAAGGAAACCUCCACUCCCACCACAACAACAACAGCAGCAAAUGAAGAGGAAGCUGCCACCAACCCCACCUGCAACUCCGCCCAACCAGCGAAAGUUCCAGACUAUCCACAAAGCAAGCCAAUGAACAACAACCACAGCAAUCAUGUGACCACGAUAGGGUUGGGCAACGCGAAGGCGAUUGAGCGAGAGGUGCAGAACAACAUGAAUCGCCUACUGGGUUCGAUGGAGUCAAGUCUGGAUGGUGUGCCGGCCUCCAAGAUGUCGGUGAAUGAUCGCAUCCGGGAGGCGAGGACUGUGAUUGCGGCCGAUGUGAAGCCGAUCAGGAUCACGGUGAGGGAGAAACCGUCCGAUGUGGAUGUGCAGAGUGGGAAUGUUGGGCCGCAUUUCGGGAUUGCCAAUGGAGUGAACGAGAGGCCCAGCCUCCCCCCUUCGCAGCAACAGCCGCCUCCAGAGGAGGAUGCCUCCGCAAAAGAGGAACUUCCUCCAAACAGAUGCAAACGCUUCCUCACCUCGUGCAGCAAAGCCCUCACUUGCGGCUCCUGUCUAACUUUGGGAUGCAAAGCGUGCCAGCGAUCCAAGAGCACCUCAAGAAAUGAGGAGGAGGCUGAAGCAGCACAAGGCUGCUUUAAGAGUCUCACCAAGAAGCUGACCAGGGAAGCUAAGGAACAAGUGAGGAUCAACAUUGAGGACGAAAACGGGCAAACUGAGAGCAGAACGCUUUGGCAAAAGGUCUGCUGCAGGCAAAACAAAGUGGGCGAUUCGAGCGGCUGUUUCCCCAAAUUCGGGAGAAGUAAGGAGAGAGCUUCGGUCAGAACGACCAGCUUUUUGGAGUCUGAAGUGCAAGGAAGGAGCAAGUGCUGCUCGAAAGAAGGUUGUGGAAGUUUUUUCCGCAAAAUUUUCUGCUCCGGCUGUUGCAAGAAAAAUGAAGAACCGCAGCCUGCGGGUGCCAGGAAGGAGUCGAUGAUCAGCGGCAAGAAGAAGAGUUUAACGCCUACCAGUGUGCCUCCUCCCGAGGAAAUCAAGCCGAAAAUCGAUGCCAGCCUGGUCGAGCACACUUCGCAUAUGAAAGGGGCCAUUCCGGUGCUGCCCGUUUGGCUCGCAUGGUUCUGCUGCAUCAUGAACUGCAUAGGGCCGGGUACAGGCACUAUUCUAAGCGGAAUGUUCUGCUUGUGCAUCGGCAAGCCCAGAUUUUCGCAAAAAGACGGCCCAAAGCCGCGAAUCGGCGCUUUUAUCAUCGAUCUAAUCAUCGGAUUCAGCCAGUUUUUCACCGUGCUGUUUUGCUUGGUUGGAUGGGGCUGGUCCAUUUGGUGGGGCGUUAUCAUGGUGAAAAUUGCAAGAAAACACAAAAAAUUCAAGCAUUUGCAAAUGUUGGAGGAUGCGGCUGGAAAACCGCAACCACUGGCUGGACAUCAGAAACGGGACGUGGAACGACACCGACCCUAAAUGAUACGCAGCUGCUAUGCAGGCGAAAGAGUUCUUUGAUGAGGCAAUUUUCCAUUAGAAUUUUUACGCCAAACUGAGGCAAAAAGCGGCACAACGAUCUUGCAACCAAUCAUCGCACAAUCUUCGCUGGUCGAAUAGAAUUUUUCUACCCAAAAAGCAAUUGAUCGAAUCUAUUACCAUUUUCUUAGCAUAUCCUAUAUUUUUUCUACAUCAAAAUGGAGAGUAGAAAUUAGACAAUAGUAAAUGUACAUUCUCUGUAAAUAUCGAUUUUUCUAAUGGGAGUUUUUAAAACAGUUUUCUUUGUUUGGUAAUUAUGGAAGAAUCUUUAUACAUUGUUGAUGUUAUUUGCAGUUGCUUGUUCAGACUGAACAAACCACCCGAAUUUUUGUUCUGUUUUUUUGCGAAAAAUAAAGUGCCUAAAGGGUAAAUCUUGAACUGCUUGCGUUUAUCGCUAGUUUUUAAACAUUGUUUGUUUAUCUUUUUUGAAUAUUUACUAACGGUGUUGGAAUACGUACGCAUUAUGUUGGAUGUUUUGCAUUUUUUCCCAUGUAGUUGAGUUAGAAGAAUUGUAUUUUUUUACGAGCAGUUUUGUACUCUAACGCGUCAGUUUUAAUAUCGGUUCAGUUCAAAAUUGCAGAUUUUCGGGGUUUUUGGGCCGUAGUGGAAUAGGAAUUUGAUCCUGCUGCUGCCCCACUGAGGUACAGCAGCCUCUGAAGAUGCUCACCAAUGAUGCUAGCAAAACGUCGACGACCUAAAAGCCGAAAAUCGCGGAUUUCGGGCUUCUAAGCAAAACUUGAACUGUUGCUUUCAUCCUGCAUAUUUUAAUUGUUUUAACAUAGCAACUAAGGGGAUUAUUUUGAUUACUAAAAAGCGUCCAAUUCUAAAACAGUUUUAUACCAUUGGUGCUUGAACUACUAAUGAACCAUUUUAAGUUGGGAAGUAUUUUUAAUGGAAACAGAGAUAGAUGUAUGCAGCCCCUUAAAUCAACACCUUUACUGGGUUAAAUCGACCACCUGCAUGCACUGUUUGGACUAUCUCUGCAUUAAAUAUACUAGCUAGAGUAGAUAGAGAUGGGGAUUAUUGGUAUCUAUACACGGUUUUGUUAUUUUUAAUAAAAACUUUAACUGUU